UUCAAGGAGGGAUGGGGGUAAGGGGGGGAGAAGCUAAGGAAAAUAAAGGGGAUAAGGUGAAGAUAAAUGUUAUUAUGGAAAGGCAGAUUUUUGAAUAAAAAAAGAGCGGAUUUGGCCGUCACUUUUAUUAUUAUUCUUCUUCUUCUUCCUCCGUUUUUUUUCUUCAUUUGGUUACUCCCCUUGCGUUUUUCUCAUUCCCAGCCUUGCUGCUAUGUUUUUUGCCUUUUUUCCCUCAGAACAACCCUUAUUUUCCCCCUCAUCAGCAUGGACAGUGACUUGAAGCAUAAGGGAAAGGGUCACAAUGAAAUAGGAAGGGGAUAGGGAAGAAUGUUGUCAACGCCAAAUCGUUGCAGAAAAGCAACGCGAAAAUUAUGUAAAAAAUGGAUUUUGUGUUUUUGUUGUUGUUAUUGUUAAGGAUGG